ACGAUAUUCUGACGAGUAAAUAUCGAUAAUAUCAAAUAUCGAUAAAAUACUAGCAACCCUACUAGAAAAUAUCCUUGUGGUAUCGUAUUUAUUUUGUUUGCGACAUUUUGUGAUGGCCUCCAAAGGAAAGCAUGGAACUAGAGGAACUAAGCAAAUAUUGGUAGAAAAUGCUGCUACAUUGAAAUUCUAUAGAAACAUGUGCAUUGCAACGACCGUAUUUUGCCUGAUUAUCACAUAUGUCGUAUUACAGCCUUCCGGAAUAUUGCAAAUGGCGAUGAUGCUUCUGAGUGUUUGCAUCUAUUUUGGAAGCUACUCUAUCAUGAUGACAAUGAGUAAACCAAGGUAUAGCGAAACAGGUAUCAUUUUGGACUCCGGUAAUGACUUAAACAUGGAAGGAGGAAUAGCAGAACAUAUUAAGGAUGUUAUAAUACUAACAACUGGAACACAAUUGCUAUCACUUAUAUCUGACUAUUUCUGGUUUUCUCUACUGUUGGCACCACUACGUGCAGCUUGGAUACUUUGGAACUCAAUUAUAAAACCUUGGUUAAAUCAAAAAGAUGAACAGCAAGAUAUAUUGGUUAACGAAAAGAAGCAUAAACUCACGGAAAGAAAAAAUAAACGUAUUAGGUAGAAUUUCAAAUUGCACCCUAGCGUAUAACAGUCUCGCUGCUACAUACCACAAGAUAAUAAUGAUUAUUCUUUUUUUUUUUCAAAUUAUUUCACAAGAACUAUUAUGCUAUGGCAAGUUUGUUUUACGGGUAAAUUAAUAAAAAAAAUACUGCUUAUUCGGUUAAAUGUGUCAAUAUUCUUGUUGGAAAUAUGGGUCUCUUAGGGAUAGUCCCAAAAGGCCGAAAUAUAUUAAAUACGUUUAUUUAUUUAUUUAUUUCCACAUUCCUUUUGUUUCCUUGUAUCUAGUCCUACAGGGGUUACCCAAUAAACGAACGACAAUACAAGAAUGUCAAACUAUAAACAUCAUACGUUUUUUUACAUCAAUAAACCGUUAUACUCGGAUCAUC